AGUUGCUUUUUGUUUAAGUAAACAUAUCAGAUUGAUGAAUACCUUGCUCAGCUGCUGCUUUAAUGAAAUGGAUCGCUUUCUCCAAAGAUUUGGCCAAAUCAUAGUAUGCUGGCGACGCUUGUACAGCGGCUACUUUGACUACAGGCAUAUUGCGUUAAGUAGGCUAUUGCAUAACAAUUUGGGAGAAGGUAAGGUGGUCUGACGUCUUCAUCCAACGGGUGAGUACGCCUUCUCGCAGUCCUAGGUUUUCACACCGUUUACGACACUUUCAAAUUCAGAAAUGUAAACCAAGUCGGUGCCCACAUCUCAUCCUUUCUGUUCUCUUCAAUUGUUGAUUGACCUCGAUAAAAUUUAGUAGCCCCAUCAGUUCUCCCAGUAUCCGUAAGCAGGGUUGACCGCCUGUCCGAUCUUGCGCUGACGACAUGGCUGAUCCGAACGUGUUAAGCCAGUUCUUGUCUCUGCCUCAAGGAGAAAAAGUCAUUGCUGAAUACAUAUGGCUUGGAGGAACUGGAAAGGAUCUCAGAUCGAAGACAAAAGUGCUAGACAGGAAACCCUCUUCCAUUGCUGAUGUGCCAAUGUGGAGCUGCGACGGCUCGUCGUGCUUCUUCAAGGAGGCCAAAAUGACCUACAGCGAGAUAUUACUAGUGCCAAAGGCCAUGUACACCUGCCCCUUCUUGGGCAGCCCAAACCUUCUGGUCUUGGCGGAGGCAUACCAGACUCCCAACAACACUGAAACGCCCACCAACGGAUCUGAUCUGCCUGCUCUACAACCUGGCAUGUGCCUGCGCAGGGCGGCAUGUGCCGCUGUGAUGGCCCAGGUGGAAGAGCAGGACCCCUGGUUUGGCAUCGAGCAGGAGUACUACAUUCUUGACCCUGCCACAAAGUGGCCCCUGGGAUGGUCCGGCUACUUUGACCCCCAGAAUCAAAUUCAAUUGUCCUUUGGGCUGCAGUUUGCGACGGGUCCGUUCUUCUGCACGCCGGGCACGGGCGCGUUUGCGGGCCGGGAAGUUGCAAUGGCGCACCUGAAGGCAUGCGUGGCGGCCGGCAUCCGCAUCGGCGGCGUCAACAGUGAGGGCAUGCUUGGCCAGAACGAGUACCAGGUGGGGCCCUGCAGGGGCAUUGAGAUGGGCGAUGAGCUGAUCAUCAGCCGCUACAUCCUCAUGCGCAUCGGCGAGCUAUUCAAUGUCAUCAUCAGCUUUGAGCCCAAGCCCAUCCCAAACACUAACGCAGGCACGGGAGGGCACACAAAUUACAGCACAAAGGCCACGCGCACGAAGGGCUCCGGCUGGGAGGCAAUCCAGCAGUAUGCAAAGCUGCUGGAAUCACGGCACAAGGAGCACAUGGCGGCUUACGGUGGCGCUGAUCGGCUGCUGGGCGCUUACUAUGCGCCCAGCGCCAAUGAAUUCAGGUGGGGUGUGGGGGACCGCGGAGCUUCGGUGCGAGUGGGCAAUUUGGUGCCCCUGCAAAAAUGCGGGUACAUGGAGGACAGGAGGCCCUCUGGUGACCUGGACCCUUAUGUGGUCACCCGGAUGCUGGUCGAGACAACUCUGCUGCUUCAAUAG